AUGGCCGACUUUGACCUCGGAGCUUCUUUCAUACCGGCACUGCAUAAGCCUUCUUCUUUGUUGCCUAUCGCCAGGCACAAGGACAGCUUACUAUAUGUAGUAGAGAGCAAUCCAGUCACAGUUGUCAUUGGACAAACUGGGUCAGGAAAAACAACUCAGAUCCCGCAGUUUCUUGAACAAGCUGGCUGGUGCUCUGAUGGGAAGGUCAUCGGAGUAACGCAGCCAAGGCGAAUUGCAGCCACCACCGUGGCAUUGAGAGUGGCCGAGGAAUAUGGAUCAGAAGUUGGCAAGGAAGUAGGCUAUUCCAUCCGAUUCGAAGAUGUGACCUCAGAAGCGACACGCAUAAAGUUUCUCACCGACGGCCUUCUUAUUCGGGAGGCCCUUGUGGAUCCCCUGCUGUCGCGAUAUUCUAUUGUCAUGGUGGAUGAAGCCCACGAGAGAUCAAUCAGUACCGAUAUUCUGCUUGGCCUGCUGAAAAAGAUUCGGAAAAGGCGUCCGGAGCUACGCAUAAUUAUCAGCAGUGCAACCUUGCAGGCGGAACAAUUUCUUGGCUUCUUUUCAUCAACUCCCGGAGAGGCGAAGCAGGAUAAGGAAGAACCCCAAGGUACUAUAGGGACGAUUGUUAGCCUGGAGGGUCGAACAUACCCUAUCGAUAUCCUUUACCUGGAAUCGCCGGCUGAAGACUACCUGCAGAAGGCGAUAUCUACAGUGCUGGAUAUCCACAAGAAUGAGCCUGAUGGUGAUAUUCUAGUAUUCCUUACCGGAAGAGAUGAGAUAGAGGCUGCGGUCGAUGCUGUCUCCGAACGGACUGCACAUCUAACUUCCCAGGAUCGCGGCCUCUUACCUCUCCCACUGUUUGCUGGGCUCUCCACUGAACAACAAAUGUAUGUCUUCGAAGAAGCGCCAGAGAAUACCAGGAAAGUCAUAUUCUCGACCAACAUAGCGGAAGCAUCUGUGACAAUAGGUGGCAUAGUAUAUGUCGUGGAUAGCGGCUUUGUCAAACUUCGCGCUUAUAACCCCAAAACUGGCAUAGAAACCUUGACAGCUGUGCCAGUGUCGAAGGCCGCCGCUGCGCAACGUGCUGGACGAGCAGGACGGACAAAGCCGGGCAAGUGUUUUCGACUGUACACGGAGGAAUCAUAUACAUCACUCAGCGACACCAACAUACCGGAGAUACAACGGUCAAAUCUGGCGCCAUUCAUCCUUCAACUCAAGGCUCUGGGUAUAGACAAUGUACUACACUUUGAUUUCCUGACACCUCCACCCGCGGAACUAAUGACAAAGGCCCUCGAGCUACUCUACUCUCUCGGUGCUCUGGAUGAUUACGCCAAGUUGACAAAACCACUGGGACUGAGGAUGGCCGAAUUAGCUGUUGAACCAAUGAUGGCCAAAACCCUCCUGUCGGCCGAGUCUUUUGGCUGUUUGAGCGAGAUGUUGACUAUAGCUGCCAUGACGAGUGUUGGUGGCGAUGUAUGGAUUCAACAUGAAGGUGAAAGGAAGCAAUUCGAAAGCAGAAGAAGAAAAUUCGCGGCAGAUGAGGGUGAUCACCUCACACUGUUGAAUGUCUAUCAGGCUUUUGUGUCCAAAGGGCGCAAAGAGUCUGGUUUCUGCCAUGAAAACCUGCUCAACUACAAGACAAUGUCCCGAGCAGUGAGCAUUCGGGCGCAGCUCAAACGCUACCUGGAACGAUUCGGAAUCCGCGUGGAUGAGACGCUAGCGUCGGGGAAUACGACGGGAGGCAGCCCUAUAGUGACAGGCGAACAGAUUCGACGCUGUCUGACGACAGGAUAUUUUUCCCACGCGGCGAGGAUGCAGGCAGAUGGAACUUUUCAAACUGUGCAAGGAGGAACAACCCUGCAUGCUCACCCAAGCUCUUUGAUGUUCAAUAGGAAGGCUGACUGGGUCAUAUUCCACGAGGUCAUGGAGACUGGUACUAAAACCUUCAUCAGAGACAUCAGCAAGGUAGAGAAGAGCUGGCUGCUUGAAUAUGCGCCAGACUUCUACCAAGUAAAAUGA